CGGAGAGCUUGUAGCCCAGCAGCUCUGCCUUGAGGAAGUGAGGAUCUGCGAACUCUCAUUUCAAAUUCAUCAUCAUGAGUGAGAGACAAGGUGCUGGAGCAACAAACGGAAAAGGCAAGGCCCCUAAUGACAAUGAUACGCAAAAGAAAGUUCCAGAGGAUUUUGACAUAGACAUGGAUGCACCAGAGACAGAGAAAGCUGCUGUGGCGAUACAAUCUCAAUUCAGAAAAUUCCAGAAGAAAAAGGCUGGCUCCCAAUCUUAGUUGUUACCUCACAGUUUUCCCCAUCAAACACUAGUCUAUCUGGAAAUGAAUUAAAACUUUUAGAUGCAUGUACAGGAAUAACCACUAUUUAAAACCCCAAUUGUCAAAUAUCAAAAUAAGUAUGCAUAUGUUGUGGCUUAGUCUCUAUAUUGAUGACCAGUAUCAGUUCUUCUGUAAUCCACAUUUUACCUGAUAUUAAAAUAAAAUAUUAGGAUGAAAUUACUGAAAUUUGGUCAGUCUUGCGCUGCAUUCUUAUAUUAUUUCAAUAAAUCCAGUGCUUUAAAUU